UAGGGUAGGGUAGAGUGGCGUGGCGUGGCGUGGCGUGGCGAGCCGGACGGAGGCCGAGAGUGGGCGGGCGGCCGCCCGCCAUGUCGCACCGCAAGGGCUCGCUCAGCCCCUACUGCUUCUUCGUGCGCGACCAGCUGCCCGAGCUGCAGCGGCGCGGGCUGCCCGUCACUCGCGUGGUCGACGCCGUCCCCUACUGCUCCCAGGCGUGGGCGUUGCUGACUAAGGAAGAAAAGAUGGCAUAUACAGAGAAGGCUCGCAAGUGCAAAGAAAAGAAGUGCUCUCAGAAGACAGUGAAAGAGACAUGGAAUGUGGCUCAUUCGAAGCCUGCUUGUCUGACCACAAAGAUGCCCUGUGCUCCUUCUCUUCCAGAUGCCUCUGCUAUGUCUUGGAAGAAUGAUCAGGCUGUGGUUGCAGACAUCUUCUACUUCCUGAACAUUUACAGCCAUGGCAGGCUGCCAUCCCACUGUGAACAGCGCUUCCUUCCUUGUGAGAUUGGGUGUGUCAAGUACUCCCUACAAGAUGGCAUAAUAGCUGAUUUCCAUCACUUCAUAGAUCCAGAAGUACCACCACGUGGUUUUCGGUACCACUGCCAGGCUGCUAGUGAUGCCACUCAUAAGAUUCCUAUAACUGGAUUUCAUCUUUCACGUACUUGUUACGCAGUUGUCUUAAGGGAACUUCUUGAUUUUGCCCAGCCAACCAGAGGUGUUCGGCCUCACUUUUACUGCAGGUCUAAUGACAGAUUCCGAAUUAACUGGUGUCUCAAUCGAAUGGCUAGCGUAACAGGUAUUGAGAGCCAUCUGGAUCUUCUUGCAGUAGAAGACCUGGUAAUACAACUGUACCAGAAGAAAUUCCAAAAGGAGCCAUCCAAGACUUGGGUGUGUAGAGAACUGGAUGUCUUCCUGUGGGAUUUCUCCAGUAAUACCAGGUGCAAGUGGCAUGAAGAGAAUGACAUACUCUGCUGUGCUUUAGCAUCCUGUAAGAAAAUUGCUUAUUGUAUCAGCAAAUCUUUAGCUAAUGUCUAUGGAGUCUCACUGACAGCAGCUCACCUACCUCUUCAAGACUUUAAUUAUGGUGAAAGCACGAAUACCAAGAUGGUGAUACUGGAUGCUGGGCGUUUUCAGAAAAUGAAGGCUGAGAGUUCUGGAUGUGACAGACGUUGCACUUCUCCAAGUCAGGAUCAAGAGUUUGUCCCUUCUAAUUGUGAUUCUCCAUGUGGUGUGAAGACUUCCCUUUAUGGAACAAGUACCAUGCGAGGAAGAGGAAUCACUCGAUUGCUGAAAAGUGCGUCUGAUCUACCCAAGUCUUUCAGUAAUUGAAAAUCUUUUUUACAUCCAGGACAGCCAUAAAUUCUGAUUUCCCCCCCUUGUUUCCCGGCAGUUUCUCCAGACUGCAGUUUUUCAUCUUAUGUGCAACCCUUGGCAGUUCAAGUUCUUGUUAGAAGGAUAAAACUAUUGGCUGGAUGUAAAGACAACUAAAAUCUUGUUUAUUAUCUACAGGAAGACUUAUUUUGAAGGAACCUGACAGUUGGAUCCUCUCUUUAAAAAUACAUGCCGUACUAGUUCUGUUUUUUAAUGGAUGGAGUGCAAAUUCAAGAUCGAUUAGUCAAUAUCAUUGGAUUAGAAGAAUUCUUUAGUGGCGAAUGUGACUUUGAACAAAUGCUUUAUUUCUUCUUUAAUAACCUUCUUCCCCUCUUCUGCAUGUGGAAGAUAGAAUUUCAGUGCAUAACAGUCUCUCCCCGAAGAAUGAUGGGGGAGAGCAUUGGAGGUAUGAAGGGCUGCACUAGGGGAAUUAAAGGUCUAACAGUCUUGAAGGUUUGUGCAUAAUCUAUCAGUUCCAGCCAUGAAGAAUCUGAAUGGUCAUUCAAUGCAAAAAAGCAGACUUUCUAUCUUGGAAGAAAUGUGGUGGCAAAUUUAUCCAUCUGUUAAUGUUCUUUUAGAGGCACAGACUAUACACAUCACGAACAAGUACAACAUAGAUAUUGUUUUUUGUUCCUUUGCAUCAGUUUUCAGUUUUAAAAAAAAUGCAUGUCCCUCCCUCAAACUUAAAGACUGGUGAGGAGUGUAGGUGUUACGGGUUGGUUGUGUUUUGUUGUUUGUUUGUUUGGGUUUUUUUGAAAGGAAUAUAAAAUUCUGAUAUAUUAAUCUGCAGUUAUAAUUUUACAAGUUUAGUCAGGCUGGGUAGGUACCAGUCAUAAUUAUUUGAGGGCACAUAAAAACUCUGAUGUAUCACUAGGAAGUUCGAUGUUCCAUUUUAUGGAGGUUCAAGUCUUGGACUAGUCCCCAAAAACCUCGUUCUUAGUCCAUGUGUCUUUAAGCAACUGAUUGUCAGAAACGAGAGCUUAUUUUUUUGAGUUGUUUCUACAUUUUUGUUGCAACAGAGGUCUGGUUGUGACUAUUUCCAUAGCAACUAACUGUGAGAAGAUAUUUCUUUUGUUCCUUGUAGGAACUGAAAUUCAAAAUUAGGUAGUUCAUUCUUCUGAAUAAUAGGGGGAAAAAAAACCAAAACCAAAAACAACCAAACCUAACAAAACCCCAAACCCAACCAAAAGAAGAGGUCAGCACAUUUAUGAAUAGGCUCGAGCACGCUGAUCAGUAUGUCAAAAAAGGCCAAUUGCUGGUUUAGUUGGAGACCUGUUGCAGUUGCUGUACGGCCAGUUGAGGCAGUACUUCUUCCAGUACUGCAGGAUCACUGAACCAUUUUGAUGCCUCUCAACUAACAGUUUGCUUGUGUCACUGAAUUUUCUUGAAUUAUUCUGUAUUUCCUUCCCCUGAGGCUGUUGUUCUACCUGCUAAAUUUCACCAGAUAAAGGGACAACAAACUUCUAAGACUGAGUUUACCAGCAAAACAUCUGGGAAUGUUGUAAGAGUUAAGAGUGUCUACUAGUAGUGGUAAAGGCUUCUCUGCAUUGGAGAAGAGUUGUUUGAGUUUUAAGUUUCUUAACUGACAGCUGUUGCUGCAUUGUCAUUUUGAAACGCACAGAACAGUAAUCUUUGAAUUAUUUUCAGAGGUCAGUGUUGCAAUAAAAGUUUCAUGUUUCAGUUCUUC